AUGAAUGAGAUCUGCGCCAUAUUAAAAGAAUACAAUGAAAGUAACACUGAAGGAAUAAUAGAUUUAUUCAAAGAAUACAGUGUUAACCCAAAAGAUAAAACGGAAGUUCACGCUAAACUCAAAGAACUGGACUAUUCUAAACUGAUGGCAUUUGACGCUAAUGGGUUGUACGCUUCCGCCAUGACAGAAGGUGAAUAUCCUAAAGCGGAAAGUGCAAGAGCGUUUCUACCAAAAGAAGAAAAAGAAUUUGAAUUAAGGAAUAAAUACAAAAAAGAAGGAGAUGUGGUUGCUAGAAAUUGCAUGAAAUUAUUAGGAAAUUCCUUAUACGGUAAAUCUAUUCAGAAGGAUAUAAAUACAUCGAGACAUCUAUGGAGUGAAGCGACUUUUAAAGCCAACUUAGAUUCACACGUCAAAAGCUAUGAAAAAGUAAAUGAUAGUCAAUAUAUAGUUGAGAUGAAUGAAGAAGAAAAAGAGUUUGUUCCUCCAAAGAAUUUUACUAGAUUAACACCCGCUCAUUUAGGUGCAUUUAUAUUAUCUCACAGUAAAAAAAUAAUGAACAAUUUCAUUCACGUAAUAGAUGGAUUUUAUAAGCCGGAAAUAUACUAUACAGAUACUGAUAGUUUAUACAUUUCGUCUAGUAAUUGGGAUAAAUUAAAUGAAGCUGGGUUGGUGUCUGAAAACGAAUAUAGCAAAGGGAAGAAUGAUUACGGUGAUGGUGGAAUCAUAUUUGGUUUAUAUUUAGCGCCAAAAAAAAGAAAACGUUUAAGGGUCACUUCUAAAGAUAAGAUAGACGUCGAAGAUUAUAUUCGAUUAGCUAGUGGACAUGACGUAACGAAUGAAUUUAAGAAACCUUGGGUAAAAAGUUUUACUGAUGGAAUAGUUAUUCCUAAUGAAAAACAAAAGAAAGUUUUCAGAAGUUAUUUGAAUCUCGUUAAGAGAAAAGCGCCGAAUGAAGAAGGAAUUAUGUAUCCUUACAACGACGGAAAAGAAUUAAACAUAGAUGAAAACUAUGAAUUUGAUGAUUUCGAUUAUCUAACUAUUCAAGAAGAGAAUGAAGAGUGUUAA